AUGGGUCCCCGGCCCGGCUCGCGGUUCGCCGCGCUCCUGCUGCUCGUCUGCGGCGCUGGCUCCGUGCGCGGGGACACGCCUGCCAACUGCACCUACCCCGACCUGCUGGGCACCUGGGUCUUCCAGGUGGGCCCCAGCGGCCAGCGCGAUGUCAACUGCUCGGUGAUGGGACCACCAGAAAAAAAAGUAGUGGUGCACCUCAAGAAGUUGGAUACAGCUUAUGAUGACUUUGGCAAUUCCGGCCAUUUCACCAUCAUUUACAAUCAAGGCUUUGAGAUUGUGUUGAAUGAUUACAAGUGGUUUGCCUUUUUUAAGUAUAAAGAAGAGGGCGGCAAGGUAACCAGUUACUGCCACGAGACCAUGACUGGCUGGGUCCAUGAUGUGCUGGGCCGGAACUGGGCCUGUUUCACCGGAAGGAAGACAGGAAAUACCUCGGAGAACGUGAACAUGAACACAGCACGCCUUGCAGGUCUUGAGGAAACGUAUUCUAAUAGGCUCUACAGAUAUAACCACGACUUGGUGAAAGCUAUCAAUGCCAUUCAAAAGUCUUGGACUGCAGCCCCAUACGUGGAAUAUGAGAGUCUUACCCUCAAAGAGAUGAUCAGGAGAGGUGGUGGCCACAGCCGGAGAAUUCCAAGGCCCAAACCUGCACCAAUAACUGCUGAAAUACAGGAAAAGAUUUUGCAUUUGCCAAAAUCCUGGGAUUGGAGAAAUGUUCAUGGUAUCAAUUUUGUUACUCCUGUUCGAAACCAAGGGCCUUGUGGAAGCUGCUACUCAUUUGCUUCUAUGGGGAUGAUGGAAGCAAGAAUCCGCAUACUAACCAACAAUACUCAGACCCCAAUCUUGAGUCCUCAGGAGGUUGUGUCUUGCAGUCAGUAUGCUCAAGGCUGUGAAGGCGGCUUCCCGUACCUCAUCGCCGGGAAGUAUGCCCAGGACUUCGGGCUGGUGGAAGAGGACUGCUUCCCCUACACGGGCACGGAUUCGCCCUGCAGACCGAAAGACGGCUGCUUCCGCUACUACUCUUCCGAGUACCACUACGUGGGCGGCUUCUACGGGGGCUGCAACGAAGCCCUGAUGAAGCUUGAGCUGGUCCAUCACGGGCCCAUGGCCGUCGCCUUUGAAGUCUACAAUGACUUCCUCCACUACCGCCAGGGCGUCUACCAGCACACGGGGCUGCGAGACCCUUUCAACCCCUUCGAGCUGACCAAUCACGCCGUGCUGCUCGUGGGCUACGGCACCGACGCGGCCUCUGGGCUGGAUUACUGGAUUGUGAAAAACAGCUGGGGCACUAACUGGGGUGAGGACGGUUACUUCCGCAUCCGCCGGGGGACCGAUGAGUGUGCAAUUGAAAGCAUAGCGCUGGCGGCCACCCCGAUUCCGAAAUUGUAG